CCAUUCUCGACGAACAUUGAUUGUAUUUCAUCACCCACAUCAACCUUCAGCGCUCGACUGAGUACCAAAAAACAUGGGCCUGUUUGGCAAUGAGGCCAAGAAGGCCAAGUACCUUGGCGGUUCUGGCCAUGCUCUUACCGUGUGGAUCUCGCUUGCCGCCAGCACGGUGCUUAUCUUCUACGGCUACGACCAGGGCGUCUUUGGCAAUGUCCUCGUCAAGCAAGACUUCCUCGAUACGGUUGGCAACCCAGACGCCGCCCAACAGGGUACUAUGACUAGUGUUUACAAUCUCGGUUGCUUCGCCGGUGCUCUCUCGACUCUAUGGUUCGGUGACAAGUUGGGUCGUCCAAAAACUCUGAUCGUCGGAAGCUCCGUUAUCGCUAUAGGCGCUGUCAUACAAGCCUCGGUGUACUCCGCUGCGCAGAUGUAUGUCGGCCGUGUCGUCGCUGGGCUCGGAACAGGCAUGAAUACAGCCACUGCCGGAGUUUGGCAAAGCGAGACGUCAAAAGCACGAAGCCGGGGCAAAUUGAUCAUUAUUCAAAUGGCCAAUUGUAUAACUGGCUUCGCAAUUUCCAAUUGGUUAACGUUAGGAUUCUCAUUUGCGCCUGGAAGUGUUUCGUGGCGGUUCCCACUGGCGUUCCAGAUAUUCUUCUCCUUCCUCAUCUGCCUCAUGUGCCCAUUCUUACCCGAUUCUCCACGCCUUCUCAUUCGUAAAGGUCGCUACGAUGAGGCGUGCGAGGUUUUGGCUGCACUCGAGGGUAAUGGCGCCACGCCAGAGUCCUCUUCCGUCCGGACGCAGUUCUCCAUCAUCAAAAGCGUCUUGGAUACCGAGUACGCGGUCCAGUAUACGUGGUGGGAGCUAUUUACGGGUAGAGGUCCUGCUGGUGUAGUCCGCCGGAUGAUUCUCGGCGCUUGGAUGCAGGCGAUGAACCAAAUCAGUGGCAUCAACGUAACUUCCUAUUAUAUGACUUAUGUUUUCAUCCACGCUAUCGGCAUUAACGAGCUUCUGGCACGCAUCCUCGCUGCCGCUGGCUCCAUGGAUUACUUGCUCUUCUCGUUUCUGGCGUACUUCGUCAUCGAACGCUACGGCCGGCGGAAAGUCAUGAUGGUCUCUGCCACAUGCUGCGCCCUAUGUUGGACUAUUAUUGCCAUCGCUUUGGGCCUUUCGGAGACUGGCCGAGGCGAUCCUUAUAAGCUGGGCAUCGUCGCCGUAUCGUUUUUCUUCGUCUUCUUCGCCUCCUUCGCGAUGGGUGUUUUGGGUGUUCCGUGGCUCUACCCGACCGAAAUCAACGCCCUGGCGUUCCGGGCAAAGGGAGCAAGUCUGGCGAUGGCUACGAAUUGGAUUUUCAAUUACAUGGUGGCUCAAAUCACGCCUCCAGGCAUCGAGAAUCUCGGGUAUAAGUUCUGGAUCGUCUGGGCAGUAAUCUGCGCCAGCUUCGUGCCAACGACGUACUUCUUCUACCCAGAGACUGCCAACCGAACGCUCGAGGACAUUGAUCGCUUCUUUGCGGACAACCACAAUGUCUUUGUGUUCCGUAACAAGUUGGCAACUCAACUCGCCCGCCCCACUAUAUACGAGGAGGCAGACAAUGAAGUAGCGCACCGGAUGGAUGCUAAGCAAAUGCAGGAAACUAGUGACGAGAAGCUACGUCCAGUUGCGUCGCACCGGUCUUGAUGGGUGUCAGUGAUUGGGACCAUAGAUGCCUUCCGGGUCUGGGAAGAUACGCUGAGCACAACAUGCCUACUGUAGGCGCGCAUGAUAGUGGUCGAGGAAUUGAAGCAAGCUAAUCGAGCAUCUUUGAACAUUUACU